AUGCGUGCUGGGAAUAAGGCAGACGAAGUUUUUAAAACUGUAGUCGGUAAAGAGCCACAAACCAUCUUUUCAGAAGAAGUUCCUGAAGCUUAUUUAUGGAAUUUCUUAAUUCAGUUUGCUCGUGAACAAACAAGACAGAGAGUUGCUAAAGCACGCAAGCCAAUUCAAUCUAUGGAAGAUAUUAUCAAAUUAAUAGAAAAUUCAAAACAUAUUAUUGUCAUUAUAGGAGCUGGUGCUUCUAUCGGUCCAGACUUCAGAUCCCCCGGUGGUUUGUAUGAUUCAAUUGCUAAGGAAGGUUGCCUUGAAGAUCCAUAUCAAGUUUUUGACUUAGAUUAUUUCAAAAAAGAUCCCACGAUAUUCUGGCGCUUUGCACAUAAGAUAUUCCCCGACAAAAAUCCUGCUCACUCCGAUACACACUAUUUCAUUGCCGAGCUCGAGAAUCACGGCAAAUUACAAAGAUUAUAUUCCCAAAACGUCGACACUUUGGAAUGCGGCGUACCCGAAUCGAAGUUAAGAUGCGUUCAUGGAUCAUGGCGCAACAGUUAUUGUUUAUCUUGCGGAAAGAAAUUCGAUAUUGAAGAUUUACGCGAAGCUGUCCAAAAUGGAACAGUUCCUACAUGCCCUUGUGGCGGCCAGAUAAAACCUGGCAUUGUUUUCUUCGGUCAAAAAACAAAUAUCGAAGAUGAAGAUAUAACUGCUGAUUCCGAGGAAGGAGACCUUCUCAUUGUCAUCGGAACAUCAUUAAAAGUCGCUCCGAUCUCAAUGCUUCCAGAAUUUUUCUCGCAGAUCCCUUCAAUUUUGAUAAAUCGCGAACCAGUUACAUGCAACUUUAGCGCGGAAUUUCUUGGUGACUGCAGUGAUGUUGUCAAGGCAAUUCAGAAGGGUCUUGGAUGGAAAGAUUUCCCGGAACAGCAAAUUCACUUUAAUGAACCAAAUAAAUUCUUCUUCCCGGACAAGAAUGGAAAUAUUUCUCAUGUUUACGAAACAGGACCUGUCUCAUUUGUGGUUACACCCUGUGAAGCAAAUCCUAACGACUUAUUGUAA